AUGGUUGCUAGUGCAUUGUUCAUAACAUUCAUGGAGGGAGGCAUGAGAGAGAAUGCUGGCAGUGAUCAGGUCAAGGAGAAAUUGAUUGAACUGAAUUGUCACUUCACAUGGGUGCUGUUGUUCGAAGACCUUGACAUACCUGAUUUGGAAGUAAGGAUCUCUGAGGACCUUGAGUUCCUAGACAUCAAAAACACAGUGGGGAUGCUCAACCUCAGGGCCUAUGUGAAACACCUGAGAGGCCAGCAUAAGAAAGCCCUGCAGAGCUUGAAAGAAGCAGAAGCCUUGAUCCAGGGAGAGAUGUUGGGUCAGAGAAGCCUGUUAAUCUGGAGCAACUGUGCCUGGGUGCAUUACCACAUGGGCAGCCUGGCUGAAACCCAGAACUACCUGGACAAGGUGGAAAACACUUGCAAGGAAUUGGGUAGUCCCUUCCGCUAUAGUAUGGAGUGUGCGGAGAUGGAAUAUGAGAAAGGCUGGGCCUUGUUGAAGUGUGGAAAACAGGAUUAUCAUAGAGCCAUGGCCUGCUUUCAAAUGGCUCUGACAGUGGAUCCUGAAAACCCUGAAUACAACCUUGGCUAUGCAGUUGCAGCCUAUCACAUAGACUUUGAUGACAAUAAUAUCUCUCUAGAACCCCUAAGAAAGGCUGUAAGGUUAAAUCCAGAAGAUCCGAAUAUUAAAGUAUAUCUUGCGCUGAAGCUUCAGGAUGUAGGAUUAGUAGCUGAAGCAGAAACACACAUUGAAGAAGCCAUCAGAGGCACAUCCUGCCAACACUAUAUCUUUCGAUACAUAGCCAAGUAUUACCGAAGGAAAGGCUGCAUAGACAAGGCUCUCCGUCUGCUACACAGGGCCUUGCAGGUGUCACCUGCCUCUGGCUACCUGCAUUACCAACUAGGGCUCUGCUACCAUCAACAAGUGUUGCAACUGAGGACAUCCAGCAAUGAGCAGGCCAGAAAGCAGGCGGCACAACAGGCCCUUUUUGAAUUUCAAGAGACUCUGAAACUCAGGCCCAGAUUAGAGAUGGCUUAUGUUUGCAUGGCUGAAGUACAGGCAGAAAUGGGCCAAUAUGAAGAAGCACAGGCACAUUUCCAGAAGUCACUGAACAUGAUGGAACUGAACAGUAAUCUUGAGUGUCACAAACAGCAGGAUAUUCAUUUACGCUAUGGCUGUUACCUAGACUUUCAUCGGAAAUCAGAAGAUGAUGCGAUCACCCAGUACUUAAAAGGUCUUAAUCUGAAAGAAAAAAACUUUGUCUGGAGGAAACUACUCGCAGCCUUGGAGGAAGUGGCCAGAAGACGUGUUCACCAGAAUGUUCGAAUUGUGAAGAGCUAUAGCUUGCUAGGCUUUGUCCACAAACUGAAGGGGGACAACGAAGAGGCCAUGAGGUACUAUGAGACAGCUCUGAGGCUCACUGGGGGAAUGAAUCCUAAGUUUUGA